AGAAAACUGGCCUUGGGGCUAGUGGGUGAGGGGGCCCUGGAAGAAAAGGGGGGUCACUGAGAGGCGAUUUUGUCCCAGGACGGCGAGGGGCCUCUUUAGACAGCUCGGAAACUCCACGCUCUUUACACUGCGAGCCGCGGGGCGCUUCAUCCACGUGUUCGGGGGUGAAAAGCCGCCCCAGGACCGCGGGUGACGUCCAAGAAGAAGCAUCUGUGCGGCGCCCGCCCAGGGCCGGGCACCCACCGUGCGUCUCUCUCCGACCGCCGGUCCCCGGAUGUGGGGGUCAUUUUCACAAACAGCCUCUCCACCUGUCCUGGGAAAUAGUAAGAGGAGAUGAUGAGUCCUGGGGUACCCGGCUGGUCUCAGGACGCGGUGACCUUCCCCGACGUGGCCGUGAGCUUCACCCCGGAGGAGUGGACGUGCCUGGAUGUCUCUCAGAGGAAGCUCUACAGGGACGUGAUGCUGGAGACCUACCAGCACCUGCGGGCCAUCGGCACCGGGAGUGCCACGUUCCAACCAGCAGUGAUCUCUUGGCUGGCCACAGAUGCGGGGACCAUGAAGAGCCGCGUCCUGAAAGUGCAUAGCGGAGCACCCACUGCUGCGUUCCUGCCCUUUGAGACACCUUUGUCUCCUUCCGCUACUUCUUCCAUUUCCUGUUUUCUAGUAGACUGGGAAUUGCUCCUUCCAAACCAGGAUGUAGCUUUUGACCCACUUGAAGACAGGAAAGAAACAUCCAGCCGGAUCAAGACGGGCCAUCUGGCUGUGAGCUGCGUGGAAAACGCACCCGGCGACCCGCAUGCCCUGGCCCCCGUGGGAACACCCCCGGGGUUUCUCGGGUGUAGGGAAACGGGAUCAGGCCCUACCACCCUACGCAUGCCCGGAGUGUGGCCUCGGGUUCAGCCAGUCAUCGGGGCUCACCAAGCACCUGAAGAUCCACACGGGCGAGAAGCCCUACGCGUGCCAGGCAUGCGACAAGGCCUUCACCGAGUCCUCGGGCCUCUGCAAGCACCGGCGCAUCCACACGGGGUCACACCCAGUGGUGAUCAGCGCUUACUCCUGCCAGGGCUUGGGGGGACCCCAUGUGGUGACUGGGAUCCUACACAGCCAGCACUUUACCCCUGUGCUGAAUCUGAUACCUCAACAUCGUUCUACUUCCGGUUCCUCAACUUCUCCACAGCAGGUGCCUGGGAAACCGGGCUCAGGGUCCGGCCUGAAAGACUACGCUGGCCACUGUGAAUGCAGCUCUGGGCCUGCCUUGCAGGGGAGGCCGUGGCCCAGGGGUGAUGCAGGAGGAAUGUGUCUUUCCGUGGGUCACUCUGCUGGCCUCGGGAGCAGAUGGCCGGGAAGGAGCAUUUUCACCCAAGGCCACAGUCCGC